CUCUGUACACAUCAUGAGGCACCGCGGUACAACACGACACCACCACAGUCCGCGUCCCAACAGAGAUGACAGGCCUUUUCCUUUCUGUUGCCGCCGUUUGUGAGGUGUGUGCCGUCAACCCAGCGGAUCGUACUGUGCACCGGCACGCAUGGCGCACCGCCGCGGGGACGAGGGCGACCGUGGGCCCGGAGCAGCCUACCAGGCGUUUGUAUCUAUGGAGUGUUUGCUGGAGAAGCUGCUCAUUCUAAACUAUGAAGAGGAGGUCCUGGCCAAACACAACACAAGGAGCCUGUCCAGACAUUACUUUGUGUGCAGUCCCUACCUGGAGGCCAACUCGGGUGAACAGUUCUACAUGUUCACCAUCAUCGCCUCCUGGCUCAUCAACGCCGCAGGCAGGCCGUUUGAUGAAAAUAUGGAGUGCGGAGAGCCCAGCGCCACCAUAUCGGACAUCCUCGCAGAGCUCCGGGCUUUUGGCGUCCGUGUGGACUUCCCGCCCUCCAAGCUGUUGUCCGGCUCAGGCGAGCAUGUCUGCUUUGUCCUCGACAGACUGGCUGAAGAGGCUUUGAAGAAGAGAGGCUUCUGCUUCAGGAGCCCAAAAUACCCGCCAGAAACCACAGAGGAACCCCUUGUGGUGGAGGACGACGUGGAACUCACCCUCGGCAACGUGGAGGAGGAGGCGAUUGAGGAGCUGGAUGAUGACGAGGAGAACGUGAUGGACUUGGAGGCCUUAAAGUUACGCAGCACUCAACGGGAAGUGUCCUCCGUAAAUACAGAAAUACUUCUGCCCACAGUGGACGCGUCUGAGUGGUACCUGGAGGUGGAGCGAGUCCUUCCGCAGCUCAAAGUCACAAUCAAGAAUGACAACAAGGAUUGGAGGGUCCAUGUGGAACAAAUGCACCAACACCGAGACGCCAUCUCGUCUUCCUUCAAAGAGGCCAAGGGAUACCUGGAGAAGCUGCGGGAGGACAUCGGAAAGACUUUGGAGAAGGUCCGCAGUCGAGAGAAGUACAUCAACAAUCAGCUGGAGCACCUCGUCCAGGAGUACCGCGGAGCUCAAGCCCAGCUCAGCCAGGCGAAGGAACAGUACCGGCAGGCCAGCGAGAAUCUGACGGAGAAGGCCCGCAUCUUAGCCGACAUGGACGACGAGCUAAAGCGGGUGAAGCAGGAGACAGAGGAGAGGAGCAGCAGCAUGUCGGACAAAGCGCCGCUGGUCAACAUCAAGCGCUGCGUCGCCAACCAGAAGCAAGAGAUCGUACAGCUCAGCAAGAUGAUCGCCAGUCAACGCCUGCAGAUGAAGAAGUCCAACAGCUUACGGGACACCAUUGACUUUACGGAGACGCCGCGCUUUUCACGCAGCUCAGACGUGUGGACUUGGGAUUCUUGAACGUCAUCCAUAAUGCACUUAAAAACAUUCAUCCAUUAGGGUGAGCUGGAGCCUAUCCCACGGUGAUUCAAACCCAAACAUCUUGAUUGUGAGGCACGCGUGCUGCCAUGACUGUGUCUCAAUGGAACACUUCUAUCAGUACACUUCAAUAAGUAAGCUAGGUACAUACACUGUGUACUUAGUUCCUGAGUGUGCAACUUUUGAAAUUGUCCAUUCCAUUAGUGUCGUUGCACACUUACUGGAAAUGACAAUCACAGUGUUUACGAUUUAAGUGAUUGCAUCAAAGGCAUCUCUCCCCUUCCGCCACUUUGAAGCCAACCAUUUUGAUUGUUUUGAGUACUGUACUGACAGUGUGCUGCAUUAUGCUCUACUUCUCAGUGUGAAUGCACAUUCAAUACGCACCCAAAAGUGUAAGUACAUAAGUGAGUGCAUUGUACACAGUUAGUACAGUUUUUAGUUUUAUACUUACAUUAUAUUAAUGUGUAUAAACUUGAAAAGUAAACUUUUUAAUUUGGGCGUAUCCUUGGGUGACAGUAUGUUUGCAUGGUAUUUUAAUAAAAAUUGCCUAGGCAUGAUGUACAGUAAGUUCAGAUGUAAACACCAGGUUAGGGUUGUACGGUAUACUAAUAUUAGUAUAGUACCACGAUACUAAUGAAUCAUAUUCGGUACUAUACCGCCUCUAAAAAGUACCGGUCCCCCACCCAAUGUCACGUCAUGACAUUGCUGGUUUUACGAGCAGACAAGCAUGUUCGGCAGCACACAAUCACAGAGUACUUACAAGCAGACACAGUGUGUAGACAGAAAAGGGAGAAUGGACGCAUUUUGGCUUAAAAACUAAAGAUAAAGGUGAAGAUUUAACACUGAAACGCCCUCUUGAAAGAGGUGCUUUAAGACAUGGUGAGCUAGUUAGCGGUUAAAGUCCAUGCGUAAUCGGCAGUGUUUUAGCUACUUCUAAAUCACUAAUCCCUGUCUCCAUGGCGACAAUUAAAGUACAUUUCUUACAAGUAUCAUCCCUGCAGGACGAGGAAUAGCUAAACAUGCUUCACUACGGGACGGUAUAGCUCGGUUGGUAGAGCGGCCGUGCCAGCAACUUGAGGGUUGCAGGUUCGAUCCCCGCUUCCGCCAUCCUAGUCACUGCCAUUGUGUCCUUGGGCAAGACACUUUACCCACCUGCUCCCAGUGCCACCCACACUAGUUUAAAUGUAACUUAGAUAUUGGGUUUCACAAUGUAAAGCGCUUUGGGUCACUUGAGAAAAAGCGCUAUAUAAAUGUAAUUCACUUCACUACAAACCGUAGCUCGCCGGUAAACAAAUGCCAUUGGUGGAUCUACACCUGACAUCCACUCUAAUGAUACCAAAUACAGGAGCGUAUCUGGUCGAUACUACUAUGAUUACAUCAAUAUUUUUUAGCAUCACAAAAUCUUCUUUCAUUUAAAAAAAAUGUAUAUUAUGUUUAUAAACUCAGGAAAUAUGUCCCUGGACACAUGAGGACUUUGAAUGUGACCAAAGUAUGAUCCGGAUUGAUACCCAAAUGUGUGGUAUCAUCCAAAACUAAUGUAAAGUAUCCAAACAACAGAAGAAUAAGUGAUCAUUAAAUUUUAACAGAAGUGUAGAUACAACAUGUUAAAAGAGAAAGUAAGCAGAUAUUAACAGUAAAUGAGCGAGUAGUUUAAUAAUUAAUUUUCUACCAAUUGUCCUUAAUAAUUUUGACUUUAGAAUGAUAAAUGACACAAUAUGUUACUGCAUACGUCAGCAGACUACUUAGGAGCCUUUGUUUGCUUACUUACAACUAAAAGACAAGUUGUCUUGUAUGUUCACUAUUUUAUUGAAGGACAAAAUUGCAAUAAGAAACAUAUGUUUAAUGUACCGUAAGAUUUGUUGUUAAAAUAAACC